UCUUUGGGAUUGGCAUUGAUAUAGAAAGAGAGUCCAACCCCUCUUAUGUGGUGGGGUCGCCCUGUGCUUGCCCCUCAACACCAGCGGCCCUCAGGAACAAAUCACCACACCGCAUCACAUUUCUGACAGGCUUUGGUACUGCACACCAUUACUAUCCUGUCCUGACCUUUGAAUGGUCGACCUCCAAUUUGAGUGUCCAAGCUCUUCUGAUGAAAACCUGCCCUCUUUUUACCUCUUCAUCUCCUUUGAAGUGUCUCCCAUUCUAGCUUUUGUGGGACGCGAACCAUUUCUAAUCGUUCCUUAUCGAUUAUCCCUGCCGCAAAUCCUAUCGUAUUUACUUUGUUCCCUAUCGUGCUCUUGCUCCCCCGCCAGCUAGCUACUCCUGCUCAACCUGGCUCUGGUCUCUCGAGUGAAUUUUUCCAGCAGUCGACUAGACUACUCACCAUCCGGAUACCCAAUCCACACCAUUGCAUGAUAGCUGCUUGCGCAGAGGAUACAUGCAGGCCAUGCCGCCGCGAUCCUCCCUCACCAGCUCUUUCUCCGUUACGGACGCAAAUAAUGAAGUGGUCUGUCCGCUGAGGAAUCAAGAUGGCUCAAGCUGCCGAAAACGCUGCCUCGGCGAGAAGCGAUAUCGCUCAAUGCAGGAGCAUAUCCGCCGUGCGCACCCAGAACAUUAUAUUGCAAAGCUCCCUGCCACUGAGGAGAGCUUUCUUCUAAUGAUAAACUCGCCUCCAUCCGAGCGUCCUCCACAACCGGUUGGAGCAUCUAUCCGCUCGUCGGGCGCUGGUCGCUCCAAAAUGGCAUAUGAAGGCGAUAUAAGCUCGCCUGCUACGCCUAGGACUUCGGAUGAGAUAUACCCUUCGGCCCUUUUGCCGGCCGCAAGUGCUGCAGCGGCUCUGGCGCAGCUGCAUACCCACCGACCGGAUUCUGAUUGGGAGUCAGAGACGGAAGCACAAUCUGAUCUGGAAGGGAAUCAUUCCCGACUUAAGCUAUCGCCUGAUUUUUCUCGUCACGAAGUUCGCAUGUUCAAGGAUGAGCCUUUCCAUCUCUCCCACAAACCACGUGAAUUACUUCCUUCUAUCAUCCCACGUUCACCACCGGGGCGUUCAUCCACCCUUCCGCCACUUCAUCGGCGAGAUAAACAUGCAAGGCCCCGCAAGUCCUCCAUUACUUCACAUGCACGAAAAGCCAAGCAUGAGAGGACAAAGUCAAAGGAGCAUGCGAGAAGGAUGAGCUAUGAAGGACGAAAAGCAUAUUCUGCAGAACCUCAGGGUCAUGCUUUGGCGUUGGGCAAGAGAUGGGAAGACCUUAUUGAUGCGGCAGCGUCAGCCACCGAAGCUGAAGAUGAGCAGGAUUCCACCCCAGUCCCGCAGUCGCCGCUGCUCAUCAGUCGGGGCUCGAUGCCCCCAUUUUCCAAUUCUCACUUUCAAUCUUAUGUGGCAUCGCCUUUGCAACAAGCUUUGACGCCCCCUCCUGCCGAUCCGUAUAUACAACCCUUUCCUUCUGUGGAGUCUUCCAUUGACUCGACCACCCAGUCCGGCAGAAAUUUUCAUAUGCAAGCACAUGGCCUUUCCGACUCGUCGCCUACUUCUCCCUCUCAAAUGGUCCAGAUCUAUUGCGCUGCAUGCUCGCGCCCUAGCUUCCUCAAACAAAGCUACGCAUGCACCGAGUGCAUUUGUGGCAUAUGCCAUGACUGUGUUGAUGUCCUGCUCGUCCAACAGAGCCGCGACAAGAUUAGCCGCUGCCCACGAUGUGGAACUGUGGGCGGUAAAUUCAAGCCGCUCCAGCUGGAUAUUCGAUAAUGGCGUUCCUAUUUAUUCUCUUCGGCACGUGCAAUUUUUCUCAUCCUAAAACCCAUUUACGAGGCAACGAGAUACAUAUACACACAACGGAAUUCGGACAU